AUGGCACGGAAUCUUCGCUCCACACCCCGUGCCAGGUCCAGCCAGUCUGGCCCCGCGACCCCGAUGCAUGCGACUGCGACGAUAAAUUCUUCGACUUCAUUUACCGAAUCUACCAGACCGCGGAAGCAGCGCCGGACCGGCCGACACAGCCGCGUAGCUACGGAUCCGCUGCAAGACACCAACUCCCACAACGCAUCGCAACGGGGAGAUCGCGGCUCCGGCAAGGAUGAUGACGCUGCCAGUGAUUCGCAAGCGCUUGGAGGAAACAGAGAAUGGGUCGAGCCUCCUUUGAGGACUCCGGCGCCGAGCUACGAGGACACCCCGUGGUCCCUGGUGUCCAGUGAACACAACCCAGUGCUCUCUACAAUGCGCCCGCUAGGAACCAUGCCGACGCCUGGCGACCUGCGCAAGGUUGGACUGGUCCCGACCAAGCCCAGUUUGCAGACCAUCCCUGCCAAGAAAGAGCCGCACGCUGUGCCGAACGGAGAAAAGGAGAGCGACAAACCUCCUUCAACCCCCUUGACCCCGGCAGACGAGCACAGUCAAAGUGACGCACCCUCGAAGCCCGGAUCCGACUUCAACCUCGGUGCAUUCAUGACUCUCCCGCUACCCACGUCUCCCGACGGUGAUGUUGAUGUCGCGAAGAUUCGAGCGGCCGUGGGAAACGCCAUUCACAUGGCGUCCGAGUCUGAAAACCGUGCGGUCGUGCGCGGCCUCCUCCGUCUUUGGGAGAGCUGUGGAAGUGACUCAUUCUCGCUCUCCAUCCUCAAUAACAUCUGUCAGGACUCUCCCGGUCACCGGGAGAAGGCGGUUUUCCAACUGCUGAUGCGCGACGCCUGGAAAGAAGUUCAGGCGGAAGAAGACACAGAACCCGCGACAGGUCGCGCCAGUAGUGUCUCUUCCCUGUCAUCUGCUAAAUCGCUGGACGAUCCCGUGGUGGCUCCCGGGACGACGAAUCCGCGCUCUCGCGCUAGGGGCAAACAGGCCAAGACGGCCGCGGAGAAGGCGACAGACUCGGCACCUCCAACUCGGCGUUCAGCAUUUCCUUCCGGCGACACCAUCCUUGAACGCAAACGCGCUUUGGAAGAAGACCCUGAGUUUUCUCAGGAGGCGAUCACUGCCAAACGGACCCGCCUGCAGAAGUCGCUUCCGAAUCUGGCGCCGCCCGUGAGCAAAGUCCGCUCUUCGCUGGCGACAGGAGCUCGUUCCCUUCCCGCGACGCCUCCGCCUGCCAAUGGAGCUCCCGAUGGUCUUGAUGGGACCAUGGAUCUUCUCAGAGAAAGGUCGGAGAGUGUGGCCAGCAGCGAUGCGGAGGACAACCGUCGGCUGACUCCUACCCUCGAAACUGACGAUGAGGAAGAUCAGGAGAAUAAUGACUACUGUCGCGAAUGCAACGGCAGUGGCCAGUUGCUAUGCUGCGAUGGUUGUACUGAUUCUUAUCAUUUUUCGUGUCUCAACCCGCCCCUGGAUCCCGCCAACCCCCCCGAGGGCGACUGGUACUGUCCGCGGUGUGAAAUCAAGAGACCCUCAAGAAAAAUUCGUGAUCAACUCGAAAGAGUCUCGCAAGAAGACUUUGCUCUGCCCGAACGCAUUCGCGACUACUUUGCUGGCGUGCGCACUGGCGAAGAUGGAAAAUAUGAAGAUUUCAUCCCCUUCCCCAAGAUCAAUCCGAGAAGUAUGAGAGGCACCCGGACAGGUCGUUAUGACGAUCCACACCUUCUGCGCGUCCAUGACGCCAAAGGAAAUCUCAUUUUCUGCCAUGCCUGUGGUCGUACCAGCAAUGGUAACCGACCUAUCAUUCAGUGCGAUUAUUGCCCUUGUGCGUUCCACAUGGAUUGCUGUGAUCCCCCCUUGGCUAUGCCCCCUGUCCAGCGACCAGGUAGCGACAAACCUCACCACAACUGGAUGUGCGGCAAUCACGUCUACCACGAUAUGUUUGACACCGUCGAAGACGAGGAGGGAUUUCAGUGCACGAAACGCAUCCGCCGGCCAAAACGCCCUCGCAUGGUUGACAUCGAAAUCCUCCCGACGGAGGAAGAGUCCGAGAAGAUCGAGGAGAAAGAAGACGAAGGCAUCAUGUAUCGUGUUUCAGAGAAGGGUGUACAGCUCGAUUUUAUCACGCGCAUUAAACGGGAGAACGAAGAAGUAGCGAUGAAAAAGAGGAUCGCAGAUAAGUAUUUUGAAUACAUUCGGCAGCAACACGACGAAAUGGCCGCCCAAGCACGCGCUUUUUACGCGUCUCAGAGACCCGCUACCCCGGUUGAGGACACCACCGUCGCGAUCUUGAACUCGCGGACCGUCGCCGAGCGGGAGGCUGCCUCGAACCUGAUCGCCUUUGCUCAGAACAACCAGAUCAGCGAAAAGGUCGAAAACGGCAAGAUCACGCUUCUCAUUGACCAGCUCAAGGCGAACGCCCCGAAGAAUCUGCCACCCCCUGAGACCGAAAUCGCCUCCCUGCGUACUUUGCAGGCAUUGAUUGAGCAACGCAUUCAGGUGUUGAACGCUCAGUCCACUCGAACCCCCCAACCUGCUCAAGCCAGUUCGCCGCUCCCUGAUUCCUCAGCUAUGGAACCUCGGAUUUCGGAGGUCAGAUCUGAUGAGCCUAACGGUAUCGAGGCUGAUGUACACCCUAUCGACGCAGGACCGAAAGUCCAACGGGAUGCCUAA